AUGGCUUUUCCUGGUGGUAACAUUAACAUUUUGCCUUGUGGCACCGAGAUCAAUCCUCUAUAUGCUGUCAUAGCAGCCACUCUCCUUGGUGGCAUUGCCAUUUCAAGCUUGGUUGCCUCUCGAGGCGCCGGCAGAGAUGACGAGACGCCUGGCAUGCUCCGGUCGUUUGUCCUCUUCUUUUACUCUUGCUUCAUCAAACCCCACCAGGGCGGUUCCAAGGCUUCCCAGCAGGACGCCCUCGAGAGCUUCUACAAGAAGCAGGCCGGGGCUUAUGAUGCCACUCGCAAGCUUCUUCUUCGCGGCCGCGAGGACAUGCUUGCUCUUGUUGCUGCCCAGCUUGAGGCGAAAGCCAAGAUGGCCUCUGGCGACAACAAGACCAAGCGUAUAUGGGUCGAUGUCGGAGGCGGCACUGGUUGGAACAUUGAGGCCAUGGCGCGCUUCGUCGACGUCCCCAGCUUCUUCUCCAGCGUCUACCUCGUCGACUUCUCCCCCUCUCUCUGCGAGGUGGCUAGGAAGCGGUUCGAGAGGCUCGGGUGGAAGAACGUCCGAGUCGUCUGCCAGGACGCCCGCAAGUUCCGCCUCGAGGAUUACGAGACUGGCAUGAGGCAGCAGGUUGCUCCGCGAUCUCCCUCGCUCAGCUAUCUCACCCAGCAGCGCCAGGAUUACGGCGGUGCCGACCUGGUCACCUUUUCGUACAGCUUGUCCAUGAUUCCCGACUACUACUCUGUCGUCGACUCUGUCAACUCGCUGCUCGCCCCUCAUGGUAUCCUGGGAGUUGUUGACUUUUACGUUCAGAACCAGAUUGACUUCUCGUUCCGCAACUACACCGGCGGCCUCGUGGACCGUCACGUCAACAUGCUGUCUCGCAACUUCUGGCGUGCCUGGUUCGACAUUGACCGCGUUGGUCUCGAGCCCGGCCGCCGCGAUUACCUCGAGUACAAGUACGGCACUGUCCUCAACUACAACUUCCGCAACCGCACUCUCGGCUACAUCCCGUACUACAUCUGGGUUGGAUGCCACAAGAAGCCAUUCUCGCCGUCGAGCCUGCCUCAUGAGAUUGUUGAGCGCAUCGACGCCCUGGCUACGGAGUCGCCCUACCUGUACCCUGCGAACCAGGGAGAUGCUCUGACCCGUGCGAUUGAGAGGUCUGCACCAGAGAUUCGCUCCAAGGCCUUCAUCACCGCCAUCGAGAACCUGUCUGCCAACCUGCCUCUCCCCUCCUUCUUCUAUCAGAACCACCACUGGCGCAUCUACUACGACGACAGGCUCCAGAAGCACACCCAGUUCAACGAUGAGUACAUCUACGCCUUUACCUGGGAGGAUGCCCGUGUCGACGAGCGCCUGCUCAAGCUUGGUCCUGACGACAAGGUUCUCGCCAUCACCUCUGCGGGAGACAACAUCAUCUCGUAUCUUGCCCAGAGCCCUGCCCGCGUUCACGCCGUCGACCUCAACCCAACGCAGAACCACCUCCUGGAGCUCAAGGCCGCAGCCUAUACCGCUCUGCCGUAUGAGGACUUUUGGAAGAUCUUUGGCGAUGGAAAGCAUCCUGAAUUCCGCAACAUCCUCAUCACCAAGCUGUCUCCCCAUCUCUCUGGCCGCGCGUUCCAGUACUGGCUCAAGAACACCCACGUCUUCCAGAACAACAAGGGCUACGGCCUCUACGACACUGGUGGCUCUCGCCAUGCUAUUCGGGCCUUCCGCUGGAUCUCUCGCGUCUUUGGUCUGCAGUCCGCCGUCAAGAAGCUCCUGUCCGUCCGCACCCUGAACGAGCAGCGCGAGAUCUGGCGCAACAAGAUCCGACCCGCCCUGCUGUCCAAGCUCAUCUGCAACCUGGUGGUUGCCCAGGAGAGCUUCCUCUGGGCCGCCCUCGGCGUCCCCAAGAACCAGCUGGCCAUGAUUGAGAAGGACCACGCCAACUCGGACGUUGUCAAGCAGGGCAAGGCAAAGAACACGCGCUCCCACGCCGUCUGGCACUACAUGGUCAACACCCUGGACCCCGUUGCCGAGGAGACUCACAUCGGCACCGACAACCCCUACUACUACGUCUGCCUGGACGGCAAGUUCUCGCGAGAGUGCCACCCCGAGUAUCUCCGCCCCGAGGUCCACGCCAAGCUGUCCCGCCCCGGCGCCCUCGACGGCCUGCGCAUCCACACCGACGAGCUCGAGGAGGUGAUUGCCCGCAUCAGCCCCGGCACGCUCACCGUCGCCGUCAUCAUGGACAGCAUGGACUGGUUCGACACCGGCUCCCACGCCGCGGCCGCCCAGAUCAGCAAGCUCAACCGGGCGCUCCAGAUGGGCGGCCGCGUCCUCCUGCGCACCUCUGCCCUGAGCCCCUGGUACAUCAAGGUCUUUGAGGCCCACGGCUUCACGGCCCGGUGCCACGGCUCCCGCGUGGACGGCGCGUGCAUUGAUCGCGUCAACAUGUAUGCCAGCUGCUGGAUCUGCACCAAGACGGAGAACCUGCCGCCGCCUACGCCUGAGUUUGACCGCAUUGGCGGAAGCGACAUCACCAGUCUGACCAUCUGA